UGGGCCCCAAAAUGGCCACAGCUUCAUUAUUUGGGAUCACAUCAAAUUCUCUGCACAAAUACUUCCCAAUUACUUCAGACACAACAAUUUCUCAAGCUUUGUCUACCAACUCAACAACUACGGGUUUCGAAAAAUCGGAGUGGAUCAUCAAUGGGAGUAUUCAAAUCCAUACUUUCAACAAGGAAAACCAGAUCUCCUCCCAAACAUGAAGAGAAGGUCAUUGCAGAUGAGCCCAACUCCUCCACGCCAAAAAAACAGCCUCAACCCUCACAUCCUAAGGAAGUCUAUCGAGGAAUCAAGGCGCGAAAUGAAGAAGCUGAAGCAGCAGAAAUCAGACAUGGAGUUGAAGAUGGUGGAGUUGAGGCAAACAGCCAAUAACCUCGAGGCCACCACCAAGAAACUCAUAGUGCAGUGGGCCAAAGCUUGCGAGAUGAUGGUGAAGGUGGAAGAAGAAGAUGCAGCAGAACCUCUAGUUUUACCAUCGGCCGCGGAUGAUGAAUCCAAAUCCGCAGCCACAUUGAGGGUCGAAGACUACUCGGUUGAGUUGGAUAAUAUGGACAAGAGAGAUCAAGUGUAUGAAGUUGAAGCUCCAAACCAGCAUGCUAUUGCUAUUGCUCAAGAUUUUCAAGUAUGGCUGACCCAGAUUAAUGCUCUUUGGUGAAAAUUGGAGGUGAAGAACGGAGGAAAAUGAUGUUAUUCGUCAUUAGUUAUAUUAUCUAUAUAUGCUUUCUGGUUAUGUAAGUUGAACUCUAAUUAAUAGUUACUUAUGUAUCCAGCUUUUGUGAUAGUUUAUAUUAUUGCUAACUAACAACGAUGUUAAACAAU